AUGACUAACCCAACAUUUGUCUUUUCUCUCGGUGCCUGGGUAAUCCCAGCCGUCUUCGAUGCUACCCGUCUCCAACUGAAUGCCCUCGGGUUUCUCUCCGAGUGCCCCGCACAUCCUUCCAUUGGCGCUGAACCGCCUUCCAAGACUCUAUCUGACGAUACUGCCUCCCUGCGUGAGGUGUUGACGAAACUUGCGGAUGAGGGUCGCGACUUGGUUGUCGUUGCACACUCUUACGGUGGUGUGGUUGCUUCCUCAUCUGUUGAGGGACUGAGCAAAGCUUCCCGUACAGCCGAGGGCAAGGUUGGUGGCGUUGUAAAGGUUGUAUACCUAGCAGCAUUUGCACUGGAUAAAGGCCAAAGCUUGUUGGGUAUGCUAGGAGGAAACUAUCUGCCCUGGAUGAAGGUCGAGGGUGACUACGUCCUUGCAGAUGGUGCCGGAGAUAUUGGCUGGCAGGAUAUCUCCCUCGAUAAGCAAGAGAAGUGGAACUCAUUAGCACUACACACCUCGCGUGCUGUAUUCUCUGGCGAGUCUACAUAUGAGCCCUGGAGCGAGAUUCCUUGCGCCUAUAUCGUGUGUGAGCAGGAUCGUGCCCUGCCACCCCCAUUCCAAGAACUCUUUGCUUCCAAGAUGGGUGGGCCGGAAAACACAUAUCGGCUGCCCAGCUCGCAUUCGCCGUUUUUGAGUAUGCCAGAUCGUCUGGCAGAGGUUUUGCAGCAGACCGUGAAGGCGUGA